AGGAAAAAAAGUGAUAAGCAGCAAGCAGCUUCUGGGUGUUGCUUUCAAGUGCACUCGCGCUGAAUGUGUGUGAGAGCAUGUUUGUGUGUUCAGGAAAGGGGUGUUCACUCUUUCUCCUGCAACAGUAGGAACGCACAGCAGCGGGGUUGGCUCGAGACAAAAGGCUAAACGCAGCAAAGGCGCAGGAGGGGUGAUACGAGGAUAGAAGGCAAAGGGGCCCAGUGUGACUGCACUUCUCAGGGAGGAGUUGAACCUGCUGCUACACCUCAUUUUGGUCCUGGACUGCAGGCGUGACGAUAAGAUGUCAGACGAUGAGUGUCGCUCACCCAUCGGUCUGGACUGCUGCAGCUGCUGCCUGGACCUGGCUAACGGAUGCGAUGACUCGGUGUCUCAGGGCCUCAGCACGACACUGGCGAGUCCCACCAGUCCCAGUGUCAGUCACUUCCGCCAACUCCGCAACCAGCUGAUGUACCAAAAUCUCAACACGGACAAGCUGAAUAACAUCAUGCGGCAGGACUCGCUUGAGUCGGUAGUGAGGGACCCCUGCUUCCUGCUCAAUGAGGGAAUCUGCAACAGCAACAUAGACCAGACCAUGCUGUCUAUCCUGCUCUUCUUCCAUAGUGCCUCUGGUGCUAGCGUGGUGGCCAUUGACAACAAGAUAGAGCAGGCAAUGGACCUGGUCAAGAACCAUCUUAUGUACGCCGUGCGGGAGGAAGUGGAGAUCCUCAAGGAGCAGAUCAAGGAGCUGGCGGAAAAGAACAACCAGCUGGAGAGAGAGAACUACCUGCUGAAAAACCUGGCCAGUCCGGAGCAGCUGGAGAAGUUCCAGUCUCGAAUCCCCACAGAUGUUCUCCUCCCAUUGGACAAUCAGAGCGUGCAGGUGACGUCGGAGCAGCAGACCUGUAGCCGCAAUACUGGCUCUGCUGUGUAAGUGGCUCUGCCUUGGGGCGGGCAGAGCCACUGUCCCUUUUCAGCAAUGGACCUCCAUGUUAUUGCGCUACACAAUUGCUGCCGCUGAAAAACUGUCGUGGCAAUGAGGGCAUGGCCUUGUGGCCGCAAAUGCUCGAUGGGACAAACACUUGACUCUGAUAAGCACAAAAAGUCAGACCGGCGCUGUGUCAGGGCUGUCCUCUGAUCCCGUCCAACAGUGUCUUCUGCCAGACACCGAAUCAAGAGCGGGCCCGCUGGACACGAUAGAGCGCUUGCUUUCAGACGGAAGGUUGCCAGCGACUGUCCUUUUGCUCUCGUUUGGGCUGGUCCUGCCGGCGCCGACUUGGAACGCGUGAGGCUACUUCCUGUCGGCCCGCCUAAGAUGUUUUAACAAGCGGGGAGUCCCCAGUUCCUGGAUGAGUUCCAAGUCCAAAUGCUAGUUUCAAGGAUUCCCACGUCCACAUUAACAAGGACUUAUCCUCCGUGUAUUACGCGUUGAUGUACUUAAACCAAAAUAAUCAACAGGAUGAGCAGAGGUGAAGCUUAGAGCAGUAUAAUCAAGCUGGUGAACUGAUUCAUAUACUGUACUGAUCAAUAAUCUGUUGUAUUGUCUGCAGUUGGGGCUUGCUGCUCAUGUGGGAAAUUCAUCCGGCCAUAUUCUGUUUUUGUUUUGUUUUUUUGUUCGUUGUUUGUUUUAUUAUUGACAAAAUCAGUUGUUUUGUAAAAUAUAUGCUCUUUGGAGUUUAUUUUCCUGACACUGAAGGCGUAAAGUAAAAUCGCCGGGUGAACAAAGAAGCAGUGGACGGUAUCUCAGAUGAUAGCAUCUGCUGUGUUGCUACCCCGAUGCCAACUUAAAACAAUGGCAUGACAACAGUGCCUGUAAGAGAAACAGAUUUCUACUUCAAGCUCUGCUGAUUGUUGUUUUCGAACUACCAAAGACUUUUCUUUUUUUAAUAAAAACAGCAGAAAGAAAAGCCAACCAGCAGGAUCAUGGGUUAAAACUUCACAGGAGAAGUCUUGUUUCUAGUUAGUCCUAAAGAUUUCUGUGUUUUGUAAAGAUAACGGUAUUGUUGCUGUAAGGUAUCCACAAAACAUUUUUUUGCUACCCUCUUUGGAUACAACUGCACAUUUGCAAUAAACCUUAUGUUUACAGAAUGCAA